AAAGUCAGACGUUUAAGUUUAAAGUGUAGUUUACGCUAAAUCAAGCCAGUCAUCUUUCACUCACAGAGUUUUUUUGUCACGUAGAAUCCAUCGUGUACAUUACACAGUAAUGAAACAAUAUUUCCCAUGGAAUUUUUUUUUAGCUGAGACAUUCAGAGGAACUUGUGACCACCGGUGGCGCACAACUUUAUAUUCCCAACAACUCAUCACAACUUUACCGGCAAACACAGGAUGGGACCAUUGUUUAACAUACACGCUGGGGAUGCUUACUCAUUCCCCUCAGGUCCCGUACUUCUUUUCUCAUUCUUGUCAAGACAUGGUUUAUGUCACUCAGGAAAAUUUAGUUUCCUACCUAAUAAAUUCCCAUGAAGUCUUUUCCCCAUCAGUAGUAUUUCCCUUCCGGCUACACUUCCUGUAAACCUAUGUGCAAUAGUGAAAGUGUGACGUUCCUAGGAACUGUCUCUUGAGGCCUCUUGAGGCCAGUGACACUGCUGUCAGCAGUCACGUACAUGUGUGCAGAUUUGGCAGCGGGCCAAUAGUUGCUUUUUAUUUUUUUAUGUGUUAAAAAGUAAACACAUUUGCGACUCCUGACGCUGAAGAGACCGAAAGGGAAAGAGAGGGAGAAGGAGAGCGAGAGUGACACAGCAGCAAAGCGGGCCACGCCUCCAAGCUUCAAAUACUAUGACAGCUCAACUGAAAACACACACAGGAGUGCAGCAACACCCACGACACACAACUAAGGAGCACGACACACUGUAUGUUAAAACAGAAGAGGACACAGGAUACUUUACUGUACAUGGCAGGAGUGAACGUUUAUAGCAAUGGGCAGCUGCAGAACUUUGUCGAUGGCUAUGAUGUCCACAGGAGCAACUGGAUGCGUUAUGUCAACCCAGCAAGGUCUCUGGCCGAGCAGAACCUGGUGGCUUGCCAGAAUGGCCGAGACAUCUACUUCUACACCAUCCGGCCCGUGGAGCCCAAGCAGGAGUUGCUUGUGUGGUACAGCCAGGAGUUUGCCCAGAGGCUGUGCAGCCAGCAGGACGAUAUCAAACACGAAUACAUGAAUGUGGAUGAUGAUCAAAACAACACCAAAAAGCACAUAACUCAGCAAAUGUGGCUCAAGGAGACAGCGAAGGAAGAGCCGAAAGAGAAGAAGAAUGAUGAAGGAGAAGUGGACGUGGAGAUGUUGGGGAGAGACACCCCUCCUGACACUCCUGAUGAUCAAAUCAUGGACUUCAGUAAAAAGAUUGAAAAAGAGGAGAAGAUUGAGAGGGAUCCAGAUGAUCGUGGGUUCAUUCCAUCACCACAGCCUGAACAAAGAGGCCUUGGACUGAAUCCUCCAUACUUUCCAGAACAUCACCCUGCACUCGCAGCUGAUCACAGAAGUCUGCCUCUUCACCUCCAUGGUAUCUACGGCCACAGGGAAGGGCUGGUGUCAUCAUAUCCCCUUUACCCUCAGUCCAGAACACUCCAGCCAGCCUACCAGCUACUUCAACCCUAUGCUUCGCAUUAUUCUCGCCUCCUCCUCCCUUCAUACUCCCCUCCAUUUCCCGGGAUGCUGCCAUCCAGAGGAUCCCUCCGGUACGGCAGCUAUCUGGGCACCGAUGGGCUCCCAUACCCUCCCAUCAGCACCCCUAGUCUACUUCCAAUGACCAUCCCAUACCCUCCAUCUCCCCCAGGUGGUCUGAAAGAACUAACCCCAAAUGUGUCCCCACCAAGAGGUGCUCCAGCGACCCCUGAACUCUCUCCGAUUCCCAAGCCAAGGAGCCAGAUUCCAUCACCUGAACAGACUUCCUCUAGCUGCGAGGAGGCAAUGAACUUAACCUUGGACACUACCAAAGGCAACUCAGUCCUGCGCAAUCGUCCAGGACACAAAUCCUUACCCUACCCACUAAAGAAGCAGAACGGAAAGAUCAAGUAUGAAUGUAACAUCUGCUCAAAGACUUUUGGACAGUUGUCGAAUCUUAAGGUUCACCUUCGAGUGCACAGUGGCGAGAGACCUUUCCAGUGCAACUUGUGCAAAAAGAGUUUCACUCAGCUGGCUCAUUUACAGAAACAUCACCUCGUCCAUACUGGGGAGAAGCCACAUGAGUGUCAGGUGUGUCAAAAGCGAUUCAGUAGCACCAGCAACUUGAAAACUCACCUCCGACUACACUCUGGGGAAAAACCUUAUCAGUGCAAACUGUGCAGCACCAAGUUCACUCAAUACAUCCACCUCAAGCUGCACCGCCGCCUGCACAGCAGCCGCGACCGCGCAUACCACUGCCAGCUGUGCUCCCAGGCCUUCUUCCACCACUUCUCCCUGCGUAUCCAUCAACGCAGCUGCUGCCUGGCCAACUCUAGUUCACCCGUCCACAUGAAAGAAAUGCUGGAGCGGUUUGAUGCCAGCCAGGAAGCCGACACGCUGGCGGAAACUGCAUCGGCGCCACAAGUAGAGGAGGCUGUGGAGAAAUGGCUUGCUCGUACCUUAGAAGGUGAAGGCAAGGAGGACCAGAAGGAAGCCACCCUUCUGCUAAAAGCUCUGACUGUGGCUAUUAAUGCACCCGGUUCCCAACACAGCUCGACAAUGGCCAAUCAGGAGAGAGCUACCGUGGUGCAUCUCUACAAACGGCCAAUGGUGAAGUCGGAGGGCCAGUGAGGCACGACUGAUCGAACUAUUUAAAUGAACAAAGGAGAUUUAAAGAUGGACUAACCAAUGUCGCCAAAUGUAGCCUUGAUUAUGAUUGUUGAAGAGGGACACAGCAGGGGUUUAAAAAAAAUGAGAGCAACACCAAAAUAAGAGCAUUCCAAAGACUGGACUGAGGAACAUAUUUAGUGAUUGUACUUCCUCCCAAAGAAUUGCAUAACGAUGAAUAACGGGGGGAUCUUUUUAAGCUGUGAAGUAAAUCGUUUUCACUCAGGUAGACCUUUUGUUGUGUUAACUUAUGUUGUUGAACCGUUUAGCGUUGUAUAUUUAUUUAGUUAUUUAAUUCUUGAAUUGAUGGUAGACUAAAAAAUGCUCAGGAACAGUAAUAAUAGUUUAUUACGCUUGCUUUACUUUGUGUUAUGUGUGUUAUGUGUCUGGCACAAAUGACCUUCCCAUUUGUUCAUGACUAAUUUAUUUAUUUAUUACUUAAAAGGGAAAAUCGGGUAUCUUUAAUUUGUGUUUAAAUGAUACUUUGCCAAAACAUAGGAAUGCAAGAAAUCAUCCAGCAUUAUGAGCAUUGUUUCCUUGAUUUAUUGGACGUCUUUAAGUAUUACAACAAACCAAGUGCCACCUAAUAAAAACUGACCAAAAAAACCCUAACUGGUCCCAGCAACUUUGCUUUAUCUAGUCCAAACGUAGCGAAUGGUGUUGAAGUUGGAUUCAACGGUUUAAGAAGCAAAGCUUUACUGUACAUAAUUUUACAACACGAGCUUUAUCCAAAUCCUCCUUAAUGUGGUACUUGACGUUAGCAGUGAGUAACAAAACAGCACAAUGUUUGUCCUUGAGCGCAUACAGCAAAAAUAAUCCACACCAAGGGCUUUUGGUGGUCACCAGAGCUAUAUGAUUGGGAAGUGUUCACUCUAUGUAUAUGUACUACACAUGUACUUCUAUGUCUUAUUUUCUAGGUUUCUUUUUAUACAACGUUUGACCAUGUAGUUUAUUUUUUUGAAGCAGGUUUGAGAUUGUAAGAAUUUAUAUUGUGAGAUACUAUUUUGAUGAUGCUUUUAUAUGAUGUAG